GAAUAUAUGUAAGGCAACGCUAUACGUCGUCCAUCGCCGAAACCCUAGGCUUGAGUGUGAUUGCUGCUUCAGCCAAGAACAUCGUUGGGGUAUCAGGUUGCUUCGGGUACUAAUGGCUCCAGUUGAUCCGGCCAAGAAGAAGAAGGCAGACCCAAAGGCUCAGGCUUUGAAGACUGCCAAAGCAGUUAAAUCAAGUUCAACUGCCUUUCAGAAGGUCAAGAAGAUACGCACAAAAGUUACCUUUCAUCGGCCUAGGACAUUAAAGAAGGAGAGGAACCCCAAGUACCCUCGCAUUAGUGCUCCUCCGCGGAAUAAACUUGACCACUACCAGAUUUUGAAAUACCCUCUCACCACAGAAUCUGCAAUGAAGAAGAUUGAGGACAACAACACACUGGUGUUCAUUGUGGACAUUCGUGCUGAUAAGAAAAAAAUUAAGGAUGCUGUGAAGAAGAUGUAUGACAUUCAGACCAAGAAAGUGAAUACCCUUGUCAGGCCGGAUGGCACUAAAAAGGCAUAUGUUAGGCUGACACCCGACUAUGACGCUUUGGACGUUGCAAACAAAAUCGGGAUCAUCUAAGCUAUAGGAACUUCAGUUUUCUGUUGGGUUUGUGCGCUUUGUGACGGCACGGUGCUGGACACCAUAAUAUUUUUGUGAAUUUGAGUUCUUAAUCAAAGUUUUCUGCAUUGCAGCUGCGCCAAAGAUUACGGUUUUAUAGCAUUAUUUGCUUGACCUCUCCUUACCCUAACUUUAUGAAUGUCUUAAAAAUUUAAUCUAUAAACAAGAUAUGUAUCUCUAAAAUUCUACAAUUGGCUGCUGCAGGUGUGUUUGGUAAUAUGUCUGAAAUAUUGGAUUUAAAUUCACUUGUCAUCCUCAGUUCCCCUUAUUUCCCCAGUGAAGGACUAAAGUUUGCUGAAUUAGAAGUUGAAAUUAUUUCAUA